AUGGGUCCACCAAGAUUUUUGUUUACUAUAAAUGAAGAAACAAAGGAAGAUUUAUUGGAGUCUGAAGAUCGAAAAUCAAAGAGUUUGAGUGAAUUACUUACUACUAAUAGUAAUGCAACAAUCUCUCCAUAUCUAACACCAAUUCCUUCGCCUCCGUUUUUGACACCGGUUUCGAAUUAUAGUAGUCAAAGUGGUGGUGGGUAUAAUCCAAUGUAUGAAGCAUCAAGUGAUGCUGAAUUUAAUAGGAUGGUGAAGCUUUCGCCGCCUCCGAAAUUCAAGUUUUUAAGGGAUGCUGAGGAGAAAUUGCAAAGGAAACUCAUGUUCAUGGAAGAAGCAAAGUUGGAGAGGGAUUUGCACAAAGUUAGGGAGGAUGAAAAUGGGUCUUUUAUUUCAAUUGUUGUUGAUGACAAUCAUAAAGGGAAGGAUGAUAAUAAAGACGAUGAUAAACUCAAUCAUCAUUAUUAUCAUUUUCCUCCUUCUCAAUCAGGUGAUUCUUGUUCUACUUCUAUUAGUUGUUCUUCUUCUUCUACCUUAGCUUCUUCAUCUAACAAAAAAUUCAAGAGUUUUUUGACAAUGUAA